AUGGCGCUGUGGCGGAUCCAGGCGGUGUUGGGGACGACGCUCGCGCUGGCUGCGGGGUCGUUCAACGCGGGGAGCGUGGCGACGAUGGCGGAGGCGGGGUCGCAGUUCGGCGCGCAGCUCGCGUGGGCCUUCGCCUUCGCGCACGGCCUCGCGCUGCUGCUCAACCUCCUCGCCAUGCGCGUCGCCUUCGCCACGCGCCAGUCGCUGCCGCUCGUGAUCGUGCGCGAGUAUCCGCGCGCGUUCUGCCGGCUGGUGUGGGUCAUCUGCGAGGCGUCCGUGCUCUGGUUCGACCUCGUCACCGUACUAGGCAGCGCGGUGGCGCUACAGCAGCUGCUAGGGGUGCCCUUCAAGGCGGCGCUGCUGCUCGCCGCGGGCUCGGGCGUGUUGCUGCUCCAACUGCCGUUGCCGCAGGCGCACCAGGCGGUGUCAGCAUGUGUGGCGUGCGCACUCCUCGCGCUGCUGUGCGCGGCCCUGCAAGCCCUCCUCGCAGGGCCCGCCUUCCUGCUCUCGUCGCUCUCAGCCGCGCUGCUGCCAGCAGUGCCGCCCGCCUCGCUGCACCUCGUGCUCGCUGCUAUCGGCGCGCUCGCCCUGCCCCACCGCUUCCUGCUGCUCUCCGCGCUCGUGCUGCAGCAGUCGUCGCCCUCCCAAGGCGAAACGCCCGUGCAUGUUAAGCAUGUGCCCUGCCUUCACCCCGCGCUCCUCCCGUCUCCCUCUCUGCCAUCCACCUCCCAGGACGACCCAAGCGCGCGCGAUCUCAUGGAACCGCCACCAGACACGCCAUCCUCCCCUCCUGACGCCUCCGCCUCCGCCUUCCACCCCUCUACCACCCACCCCCUCGCCCCAGCUUCCCCCUCCUCCGCCUCCCUCUCCCCCUCGGACCCCCCCCACGCGCCGUCCCCCCAACAGCAGCAGUACCGCCGCGACUUCAUUCACUCCCAGCUGCUCGCUGCUGCCGCCACGCUCGCGCUGCUCCUAGGGGCCUCCGCCGUGGGGCAGGGUGCGGGGGUGGACGGGGGAGGGGCAGACGGACAGGAAGAUGGGGAAGGGUUUGAAGGGGUGGAGGGGGGUGGGGAGGGGCGGGUGGUGCGAUUGUGGGGUGUGUAUCGGCUGGUGGAGCAGGUGGUGAACAGCAACGUGGCGCCCACCUUCGCCUCCCUCGCUCUCCUCUCCUCCUUCCACCUCUCCACCCCCACCAACGCCUAUGCCGGCCAGCUCUCCGCCUCCACCUUCGCCCACGUGCACCUGCGCCCCUGGCACCGCUUCCUCCUCACCCGCGCCCUCACCCUCCCGCUCCUGCUCCUCCUCUCCCUCACCCUCGGGGACGCCGCCACGCUCUCCCUCCUCUCGCACUCGCAGCUCCUCCUAGCCCUCCUGCUCCCCCUAGCAGCCGUCCCCCUGGUGCGCCUGGCGGCGUCCCCCGCGCUCAUGGGGCGCCACCGCGUUGGCCCCGCGCUGGAGCUCGUCAGCUGGGCGGCGUGCCUCUCCGCGUGCGCCCUCUCUGUCUGGUUCCUCGGGGACGCACUCUUACGCUUCGCCACAGCAGAGGCAGUCGCGGGGGGCGCGGAUGGGGAUGAUAUCGGGGGAAUGGGGCUGUGGGAGUGGGUGGUGGCGGGGGAGUUUCUGUCCGGGGGGGGAGGAGAGGAGGACGACGGGGAGGGGCUGGCCGUGGGGCUGUCGCCGUCCGCUGUGUGGCGCAACGUUCGGCAGCUACUGGCAGUGUUUGGGGGGACGGCGCUGGUGGGGGGCAUGGUGGGCGGGCUGCUUUGGCUCAUGCUGCUGCCGCUGCGGUCGGAGGAUGAGCAGCAGCGCCGCCUGCUGCUCUCCCACUCCGCCUCGGCCUCCCUCUCCGCGCCCUCCCCCUCCUCCGCCUCCGCCCCCGCCUCUCUCCGCCGCCCCCGCCCCCUGCCACUGGCGGCAGCGCAGGACAGGCGGGGGGGGGAGGCGCGGUGGGGGGGAGAGCGGGAGGGGAGGGCGGGCGGAGGGGGGACAUGGGAACUACCUCGCCCCUCCGCGUCCCCUGUGUCUGGGCCGCUGCCUGUGUUGCUGCCUGGCGCGGAGAGAGGGGGGGAGAAGGGGGAGGGCACGGAGGGGGGGUCGUGGAACAGUGCACUGAGAAGGCGCGUGGGGGGGCAGCAGCGGCAGCAUGGGGGGGACAGGGGGGAGGUGGGGGAGGGCGUGAGUGGUGUGGUAUCAGAGGGGGUGGGUGGGUAUGGUAGCAGCAGUGGCGGUGGCGGUGGCGGUGGCGGUAUGGGUGGAGUGGGAGUGGGAGUGGGAGCGGGAGCGGGAGCGGGAGCGGGAGCGGGUGGGGAGCGCAUGCGAGUGCAGCGAGCAGCGUCGGAGUCGGGGUGUGUGGCGGAGGGGGAGGUGGGCGGAGCGGGUGUGGGCGCGGGCGUGGGCGUGCAGGGGGGAAGUGGCAGGGACGGGGAGAGGGGCAGGCAGUGGGCGGGGAGAGGCAGCAUGCUUUCAGCGGCAGGUGGUGAGCAGUGGCAGGCGAAGCAGGGGGGGGCGCAGGCACAAGCAGAGCGGCUUGGUGGGGAGGAGCUCGCUGUCUCCUUGCAUGCUGUGGCAGCUGCAGCAACGGCCACAGCAGCAGCAGGCGCACCCGCAACAGGUGCGGGAGCGGCAGCAGCAGCAGCUGUUGCUGCAGGUGGGAAGGCAGGGGAGGAGAGGAGGGGAGAGGGCGACAAGGGUGUGGUAGGGGGAGAGGCGGUGUUGGCACCAGGUUUUGAGGCGCCUCAACAAGCGGUGCUGGCACCGGGAGUGGCGGGUGAAGGGCGUGUGGGCGACCCUGUGCUGCUGCCUGCCCCUGCACCGGUUGUACCAUCACCAGUUGCCCCCGCCCCGGUUGCAGCUGCACUGGUUGCACCUGUACCGGUUGCACCCGCACCGAUUUCAUCUUUUGAGAAGGUUUCGUCUGCUGAGAAGGUUUCAUCUGUUGAGAAGGUUUCAUCUGCUGAAACAGUUUUAUCCACUGACAUGGUUUCGCCUGCUGAGAAGGUUCCAUCUGCUGAGAAGGCUUCGUGUGCUGAGAAGGCUUCGUGUGCUGAGAAGGCUUCGUGUGCUGAGAAGGCUUCGUGUGCUGAGAAGGCUUCGUGUGCUGAGAGGGAGGGGGUGAUACGAGGAGAGGGGAGCGCGGAGAUAGAGCAGGAGGAGAGCGGCGAGGAGGAGAAGAAUGAUGGGGAGGGGGGCGGAGGCAAGGAGGAGGAGGGGGUGGUGGUUCCGUUUGACAGAGCGGUGACUCUGGCGGAUGGCGUGGCGCAUGUGCGCCAUGGCACUGGCGGGGACACUGGGCUGGGCGAUAGUGGUGCCGGCGCAGGGGACAUUGGGGGGGAACCAGCGGGGCGUGGGGAGACGGGCGAGCGAGGGGAGAUGGGCAACGAGCAGACGGGCAGGGAGUGUGGGGAGGCGGCGAGGUGGGAGGGUGUUGUAGGUGCGGAGAAGGUGAGUGAGCGGAUGAGCGUAGUGGAAGGAGGAGGUAUGGAGAAAGGACGUGUGGUGCAGGGAGGGGAGGGAGGGGAGGGAGAGGAGGGUCGAGAAAAAGGAGAGGGAGAGGAGAGAGGAGAGGGAGACGGGGAGAGAGAGGAGAGUGGGGAAUGCAGUGAAGCAGAUAAGGAGACGAGAGAGAAAGGCAAUGAGACGGCUAAUGAAGAGGCGAAGAAGAGUAGUGUUGAGGCAUCGGGGGCGAUUGGAGAGUCAAUGGGUGAUGGUGGCUUGGCGGGGAAGGGGGGGGCGGGAGUGGAUAGGGAGAGGGGAGAGAAGGUAGAGGAUGGGGAGAGAGGGGCGAAGGGAGAGGAGGGGGAGAAGGGGGAGAAAGGCGAGAGGAAAGGGGAGGUGGGAGCGGAAAUGGAAGGGCUGGGGGGAAGGGAAGCGGAGAGGAAGGAGGAAGGGGAAUUGGGAGUAGAUGGUGAGCAACGAGGGGGCGAAGAGCAUGUGGAGGACGGGGUUGGGAAGGAGGCAGAGGCACGGGAGGCCAUGGUCAUUGGGGACAGGGUCGGGACGGGGGGAGCUGAAGAGGAGGCUGGCCCGGGCAGGGUAGAGGGGGAAGGGGAAGAAAAGUGUGGGGAGGUUGCGGAGGGAGGGAAGGGAGGGAAGAGUGGAGAGGAUGGGGCAGUGGAGCAGCGAGGAGAAGGCACGGACGAGGGGCGAGGAGAAGGCACGGACGAGGGGCGAGGAGAAGGCACGGACGAGGGGCGAGGGGACGAGGGGCGAGGGGACACAAAAUUGGAUGGGCAACAACAGGUAGCACAGGAGGCGGCAGGAGAGGGGUCGGUGCGUGCAGGUGAGGAGACAGCAGCAAGUGCGGCUGUGGGUGGGGGGGGAAGGGACGUGGGAGCUGUGGCGCACAGCCAGGCGCCCAUGGGCGGAGGGCAAGCGCGGGCUGAGGGGCAGGGGGUGGGCGCAGGUGGCGGGGCAGGGAAGGGGGAGCAGGCUGACGAGGCUGUUGUGGCUGUGGGGAAGGGGGAGAGGCGGGCGGAGAGGGAGGCAGGGGAGGAGGGGGUUGAGGGUAAGGGCGCAGGGGAGGCGAAGAGGCACCGGGUGGAGGGAGGCGGUGGUGGGGAGGCGGGGGGAGGGGCAGUGGCGGAGGGAGGGCCAGGGGCGGAGGGAGGGCCAGGGGCGGACGCAGGGCCAGGGGUGGAGGGCGCAGGGGAGAUGGAGGUGGAGGAGCAGGAGAAGCGGGUGGUGGCAGUGGGAGGAGUGGCGGAGGCUGCGCCCUUCACUGGUGCGCGCAGCAGCAUAGGCAGCCCCUGCGGGUCUGGAUCCCUCUCUGACCUUCUGCACCACUCCCAACCGCGCCAGCGCUCCUCACUGCUCGCAUCCGCUGCUGCAGCUGCUGUGAGGGGCAGUGAUGGCGAUGGGCUGGGCGCUCUGCCGUCUGGGGCGGGUGGCAUGGGCGGCAGUGGCAGCAUGGGCGGCAGUGGGAGCGGCAGCCUGUCACGUGUGUCUGGGCUGGGCAGGGGUGCGAGGAGGCAGUUUGCAGCCAUUCUGGACGAGUUCUGGGGAGGAUUGUUUGACCUGCACGGCCAGCCCGUGCCCCUGCCCGCUGCCCGCCCCCCGGGGGGGAGCAGCAAGGCGGGGGGGAAGGGGGGAGGGGAUGGGGGGAAGGGGAAAAGAGGUGGGGCGGAUGGGAGUGCGGGUGGAGGGGUGGGAGGGAUUGGAGUGGGCGCUGGUGCUCGCUCCAGCAUGCUUGGGGCUGCUGCUACUGCCACUGCUGCCACUGCCACUGCUGCCACUGCCACUGCUGCCACUGCCACUGCUGCCACUGCCACUGCUGCUACUGCCACUGCUGCCACUGCCACUGCUGCCACUGCCACUGCUGCCACUGCCGCUGCUGUCGGUGCUGCAAGCAGUGCCGGUGGCUACGGUGGUGGUGGCGGGGGUACAGCAGCAGGUGCGGCAGCAGCAGCAGCAGCAGCAGCGGUGGUGGGGGGUGCAGCAGGCAAUGCGGGCAACGGAGCACAUCCCUUCCCACCCGCCCUCCCCUCAGAGGAUCAUCUCUUCUCCCCCGACCCGCUCCCCGACUCCCUCUCUCUCACCGCCUCCCUCACUCUCCCGGACCCCCUCGCCCUCACCGCCCACCGCCGCUCCUCCUUCGACGCCUCGUCCCCCCCGCCCCCCCUCCACGACCCCUUUCUCUCCCGUGACCCCUUCUCCGCCCGCCCCACCCUCUCCCGCCCCCCCACCGCAAUGUCCCCCCUCCUCUCCUCCUCCUCCGCCGCCCACCCCUCCCCCUCCGCGCGCCAGUACAGCACACUGGCGCAUCUCCCCAAGUUCUCCGACCUGCCCCCCCAGCAGCAGCACUCGCUGCUCACCGCACCCCCCUUCCUCCCCUCGCUCUCCUCCCUCUCUGCCUCCCCCGCGCCUGGCGGCCCUCACAGGGAGGUGGAGGGCCCCAGUCGCUCCACCCCCAACCUGUACGCGGAUCUGCUCGCGCAGGGCUAUGGGGGAGGCGGGGGGAGGGCGGGCGGGGGAGGGGGAGGCGGAAUGGGGCUGGGAGGAGGGCGGGGGGCAUUUGGAGCGGUUGGGUCGGCGGCUAUGGGCGGAUCUGGGAUGAACGAGCGCUUGGAUCAGUUGGCACAGAGCUAUGCAAGCUUUGCUCCUCCAGACGCCAUGCGAGGCACCAACCCCCUCUCCCAUGCGCACGCCCAUGAUCAACCCCAGGGCUACCCCCAGGGCCACCCGCAGGGCCAUCCGCACGCCCCCAUGCACCAGCUGGUGGGGACCUCCCCCUCCGCUCCCCCCGGCUUCCCCUUCCCCCGCCACCCCUCCCCCCCUGCGCCUGCAGGGGCGCCGUGGGGGGGAGGGGCAGUGGGGGCGGGGAGAGGAGAAGGCGGGUGGAUGGGAGACAGCAGCAGUGGCAGCAGUGCAUUUGGAGGGGCCGGUGGUCACCACAUGGAGUGGCAACAGCAGGGGCAGGGGCAGGGGCAGGGGCAGGGGCAGGGGCAGGGGCAGGGGCAGGGGCAGGGGCAGGGGCAGGGGCAGGGGCAGGGCGUGCAUGGCAUGGGUGCAGUGAAGCCCAUCGGCCCUCCCUCCCGCCGCCAGCAGCCCGAACAGGACGACCAGCAGAGCAGCAGCAGCAGCAUCACCAGCAGCAGCAGCGCUCACUCUUCCCUGUGGGCCAGCAACCCGCGUGACAUGCUCUUUGGCACGCACUCCGGCCCCCUCUCCUCCUCCCUCUCCUCCUCCCCCGCCUCCUCCUCCCCCUCCUCCUCCACCCCUCUCGCCGCCCCUCCCUCCACCGCACCCAGCCACUCCCCACCCAAACCAUCCCCCUCACCACCCCUGGCGAAACCCCACGUGCAAACCGAGGAAGAGCGCCGGAUGGACCGGCUGAGAGUGUGCUUGCACCGGCUGCUACGUCUAGACGGCAGUGACUGGCUGUUCCGGUAUGACACGGGCAGUGAUGAAGACUUGGUUGCUGCUGUAGCCUACCGGGAGAAACGACUUGCAGGGGAUGCUGCCGCUGCUGUGGCUGUGGGGCUGGGUGGAGGGGGCGGUGGGGGCGGCGGGAGCGGGAAGUGGGGGGGGAUUUUGGAGGGGCAGGCGCAGGGGGGGCAGGGAGGGGGGGGGAAGGAGGGGGAGAUGGAGCUGCCGCCGUCGAUAUGGGGGUGUGGGGCGCAGUGUGUGUGGGGGCCGCUGCUGGUGGUGUCGUAUGGAGUGUGGUGUGUGCAUCGCGUGCUGGAGCUGUCUCAGCUGGAGAGUCGACCUGAGCUGUGGGGCAAAUACACCUACGUGCUGAACCGCCUGCAGGGUAUACUGGACCCGGCAUUCUUCCGUCCCCGCACCACGCCGCGCCUCUGCCAGUGCUACGGCGACCGAGCCAACCUCCCAGCCCUCUCCGCCCAGCCUGUCUUCCACGGCGCCCUGCUCUCCGCCAUGCUCGGAUCCCAGCUGCCCCUCGCCAACCCCUCCUGGCCCCUCGGCGCACCCCCGGGGCAGCCCAAGCCGGCGUCGCCAGCUCUGUUCCUGGAGAGGAUAAGGGAGGUGGAGGUGGCGGUGGGGGCGCGGAAGGGGCGCACGGGCACGGCGGCAGGGGACGUGGCGUUCCCCAAGGGCAAGGAGAACCUCGCCUCCGUGCUCAAGCGGUAUAAGCGCCGCCUGGGGGGCAGGCCGUCAGGGGGAGGGGGAGGGGGAGGGGGAGGAGGGGGAGGAGGGGGCGGAGGGGGAGGGGGAGGGGGGGGAAGAAGGUACUGA